AUGCUCGGCACUCGCUGGACGCAGCUCGACACGGUCCGGCGCGGCGCAGUCAAGAAGCUUGAGGAUGUCGGCACGGUCCACGAAGAGAAGAACAGCAAAGAGAAGAACAGCAAAGAGAAGAACAGCAAAGAGAAGAACAACAAAGAGAAGAACAGCAAAGAGAAGAACAACAAAGAGAAGAACAGCAAAGAGAAGAAGAACGAAGAUAAGAACAGCGAAGCAAAGGACAGUGAUGAGAAAAACAGUUAUGAGAAAAUUAGCCAAGUAGAGGAGAACAGCCAGGACAUGAAGAUGAAAGAAGAGCUGAAGAACAGCACGAAAGUAGUAAAGAUGAGUUACAAAGUGAGGAACAUUGAACAAGAAGAAAUGAUGAUAAACAAAAAAGAGAGAGGGGAAAAUGCCAAGAAGAGCUGA